UUCAUGUCGACUGUUUUAAGAAUGGCUCAACGUACUAUUGCUCAAGCUGUUGUGUAUGGCGCUCACGAAACUGCUAAUGCUGCAGCUCCCACUGUGUUCUCUAAAUCAUUGCCUGCGUCUGCACUGGCUGGAAUUCAAUCUCAAUUGGCUGCGUCCAACUUUCUAGGAAAAGCUCAAGAAGUUCGUCUACUGUUUGGUGUUCCAGGCAUUGAUGCUCCAAUCGUUGGAGUGGUUGGUCUUGGCAAGCCUUGUACUGAUGUUCAGGCUUCUGCUGAAACGGCCCGUUUGGCUGCUGCAUCUGCCAUCAAUGCCUUGCAUCUGUUGGGCAAGAAACAGGAUCUCAAAGUCAAGUUUGAUCAUCUUGGUCAUGGUGUUGGCACUUCUGAGGGUGCCCAUUUAUCCACUUAUGCAUACGACGAACUCAAGGGUGCAGACAACAAGGCUUCUCCUGUCACUGUUUCUGCCAUGGAAGGUGCAUUCGAAAAGGACGAAUGGCACGUUGGCAGUGUUCUGGCUCAAUCCCAAAACUAUGCUCGCCAUUUCAUGGAAACACCUGCCAAUUACAUGACUCCCACCAUUUUCUCCAACAAUGCUGUCGAGAUCUUCAAGGGAAUUCCAAAUGUUACUGUCACUGUGCGAAACUCUGACUUUAUGGAAGAGAAAAAGAUGGGAUCGUUCCUGUCUGUUUCGCGUGGCUCAGAGCAACCUCCUAAACUCUUGGAAGUUCAUUAUAAUGGCGGUGUUGCUGGUACAAAGCCUCUUGCCUUUGUGGGAAAGGGUGUUACCUUUGACUCGGGUGGUAUCUCGUUGAAGCCCCCUACCGAUAUGGCUUUGAUGAAGGGUGAUAUGGGCGGUGCUGCCUGUGUUCUUGGUGCCACGUGGGGCAUUGCUAAACUCGGUGUGCCCAUCAAUCUCUGUACCGUUAUUCCUUUGACCGAAAACAUGCCUAGCGGCCGUGCUACUAAACCUGGCGACGUUGUGAUUGCCAUGAAUGGAAAAACCAUCGAGGUUGACAACACUGAUGCCGAGGGUCGUCUGAUCCUUGCAGAUGCCAUCUACUACGCAUCCACUACUUUCAAACCCCACUCGCUCGUUGAACUGUCUACUCUGACUGGUGCUAUGGUCGUUGCUCUUGGAUUCCCCUUUGCUGGUGUGUUUUCAAGCUCUGACGAUCUGUGGAAGAAACUCGAGGCUGCCGGUGAAAAGUCUGGCGAUCCAUUCUGGCGCAUGCCUCUUUCUGAAAAGUAUAAGAAGCAAAUCUCUAGUCACGUUGCUGAUCUCAAGAACGUUGGUGGACGUACUGGUGGCUCGUGCACUGCUGCCAUUUUCCUUAAAGAAUUCGUGCCUACUAUUCCUACUGCUGAAGGAAGUGACGAACCUGCAAAACUUGCUCUUGAUUAUGCGCACGUUGACAUUGCUGGUGUUAUGGAACAAUCUGGAGCCUCUGGAUAUCUUGCCAAGGGUAUGACUGGCCGUCCCACUCGUUCUCUGAUUGCCUAUGCUCAGAGCCUUUAAAAUCAUCACAACCUCUUGGUCGCGAAUGUUUCAACUUUCACAAGAAAUGCACUACAUUAACAUCUUGUAUAC